AUGGAGUUACAAAAAGAUGAAUUUUUGAGAAAUGUGGAGUGUUUAAGAGGCACUACAUGCAUUAUUGGCUUCAUACGAUGGUCAAAGGCAAAGGACUUUCAUGUGAACCAAUGGUACCCUGGAUUUAACACACUCAAGCUAUGUAAUAGAGGUGGAAUGCAUGUUGCCUUUGUGGAUUAUGAGUUUUUCGGAGUUCCUCUUGAAAUUAAGCUAAUUGUUGCUCGUAGAUAACAUGAAGUUGAAGAGGUCUGAUAUGAAGAAAUGCAGUUGCAAACAAGACAGACAGUAAAAGUGGAACCAUUAGAGCAUCAAAGACUCAUAGAAGAAGCUAUAUACUGUCUACAUACAUUUCUAUGGCAUUUUCAAAUUCUUAGUUCUUCUCCCCUUUAUUCUCAUACUCCCAACAGAAUUUUUUCAAGAAAGAAUUUGAAGGAAAUAUUGCUUACACUUGAAGAUGAUCAUAUCAAAUCUCAUAUUUUCCAUCAUUGCCC